CUAUAAAAGAGGGCACAAUCCCAGCUGCCUAGUCAACGACACUCGCAGAACGGCUAAUGCACAGAACAAAUAUUUUCGCUGCCAUAAUUAACAGCGGUCAGAGCGUUCCCAUUUGGCAUUUGAAUCUGGUCCGAAUCCCCAGAAAAUGGAGCUUGCCUAGCCAUUGCCCAGGGAGUGAGAAGCGUGAGAGAAAAGUCAAACAGGAUUAGGCCAAACCCAUAAGGACACAAGACAGAUCCGACUCGGAUACAGACCCAGAUAGAGAUACCAACGAACGGCAUUUGCAGAAUACGAGUAUUUACGUCAGCAAGGGUCAGGCGAGACGAGCGAUUGCACCAUGGACUUUAAGGAAUACCGUCAGAGGGGCAAGGAGAUGGUCGACUAUAUAGCGGACUAUCUGGAGAACAUACGGGAGCGUCGCGUCUUCCCCGACGUCAGUCCGGGCUACAUGCGCCAGCUACUGCCGGAGUCGGCCCCGAUUGAGGGCGAGCCCUGGCCAAAGAUAUUCGACGACGUGGAGCGCAUCGUCAUGCCGGGCGUGACCCACUGGCAGUCGCCCCACAUGCACGCCUACUUCCCGGCCCUAAACUCGAUGCCCUCGCUGCUGGGCGAUAUGCUGGCGGACGCGAUCAACUGUCUGGGCUUCACCUGGGCCAGCUCCCCGGCCUGCACCGAGCUGGAGAUCGUCGUGAUGAAUUGGCUGGGCAAGAUGAUCAACCUGCCGGACGAGUUCCUCCAUCUGAGCAGCAGCGGCAGCAGCAAGGGCGGCGGUGUACUCCAAACGACGGCCAGCGAGGCCACGCUGGUCUGCCUGCUGGCCGGACGCACUCGGGCUAUCCAGCGCUUCCACGAGCGCCAUCCCGGCUACCAGGAUGCCGAGAUAAAUGCCCGUCUGGUGGCAUACUGCUCGGACCAGGCCCACUCCAGCGUGGAGAAGGCGGCGUUGAUUGGACUCGUCCGUAUGCGGUACAUCGAGGCGGACGAGGAGCUCGCGAUGCGCGGCAAACUGUUGCGCGAGGCCAUCGAGGAUGACGUUAAGCAGGGCCUGGUCCCCUUCUGGGUCUGCGCCACCCUCGGCACCACCGGCAGCUGCAGCUUCGACAAUCUGGAGGAGAUCGGCCUGGUCUGUAGGGAGCACAACCUGUGGCUGCAUGUCGACGCCGCCUACGCUGGGAGCGCGUUCAUUUGCCCCGAGUUCCGCACCUGGCUGCGGGGCAUCGAGCGGGCGGACUCGAUUGCCUUCAACCCCUCCAAGUGGCUGAUGGUGCACUUCGAUGCCACCGCCCUGUGGGUGCGCGACAGCACGGCCUUGCAUCGCACCUUCAACGUGGAGCCGCUGUACCUGCAGCACGAGAACUCGGGCGUGGCCGUGGACUUUAUGCACUGGCAGAUACCCCUGAGCCGCCGCUUCCGCGCCCUGAAGGUGUGGUUCGUGCUGCGCUCGUUCGGGAUCAAGGGCCUGCAGCGCCACAUCCGCGAAGGGGUACGCCUGGCGCAAAAGUUCGAGGCGCUCGUCCUGGCUGAUCACCGCUUCGAGCUGCCAGCGAAGCGUCACCUCGGCCUGGUGGUGUUUCGCAUUCGCGGCGACAACGAGCUCACAGAGAAGCUGCUGAAGCGACUGAACCAUCGCGGGAAGCUGCACUGCAUCCCCUCAUCGCUGAAGGGGCAGUAUGUCAUCCGAUUCACCAUCACCUCGACGCACACGACCCUCGACGACAUCGUCAAGGACUGGAUGGAGAUCCGCCAAGUGGCCUCUAUGGUGCUCGAGGAGAUGAAUAUUACCAUCUCGAAUCGCGUCUAUCUCAAGGACACCAAGGAGAAGAGCGAGGCCUUUGGCUCAAGCCUGCUGCUGUCGAACUCCCCAAUGUCCCCCAAAGUGGUCAACGGUUCCUUCGCCGGCAUAUUCGACGCAGAUGAGUUUCUGGCCAAGACCUAUGCUGGCAUUCGAAUAGCGCACCAGGAAUCCCCAUCGAUGCGGCGACGCGUGCGUGGCAUCUUAAUGUCCGGCAAGCAGUUCUCGCUGGACUCCCACAUGGAUGUGGUGGUGCAGACCACCCUGGAUGCCACCACCGGCGAGACCAACAGCACCACCAACUCGUAUGGGAGGACCACGGUGCGCGAGAACUCGGCCCAGGCCGGGGGCCAGCAGGCGAGCAUCCGCGAGGACAACGAGGAGUCGACGGAAGACACUGAAUUGCUGCAACUCUGCCGGACCAGCAGCGCCAACUCCAACUCCCACUCCCCCUACCACGCCCACUCCCUGUCCACCUGCCCAAGCUGCAGCACCCACUCGACGCCAACGAACCAGUUUCGACCCAUUUCCUUGUUCCCGGAUCCCAAACCGUUGCCAUCCCCUUCCUCUACUCCUUCCAGCAUAGGCCACAAUGUCACCGUCUCCGUGGACACUCUUUUCGCACCCCUGACCCACGGCGACAUGUACCACGGCAAGCGGUUCCUGGAGCCCGUCAGCAGCCUCAUGGACAACAGCUCCUCCUUCACCAGCAGCGUGUUCCAAGUGCCCACCCCCAUUACCACGCCCACCGACCUGGAGGACUUCGACUGGCCGGCGAAGACCUUCAGCCAACUGCUGCUUGAGCGCUACUCGAACGCAUCCCAAUCCCAAUCGCCGGGUGACUCCUCGACGGAUAGCAGCAGCAUCAGCUACCCCAGUGGAGAUGGUGGUCUGGCCACGCCCACGCCCACAGGCACACCGAGGAGCAGCCUCAACGAUCUGGCCACGCCACUGCUCGGAUCGUUUGCAUCGCCCUCAUCCCAGCUGAUGCAAUCGGCCCGAGGGGAAUUGGAAGGAGAUGGAGACGAAGGGGAAGGACCGGACUCCAGCGACUCGGAUGCGACCAUCUGCUCAGGGGCAUCCUCGAUGGAGUCGUUCUAGCUCUAGUUAGUAAUAGUGUUAGUGUUUGUGUGUGUGUGUGUGUGUGAGCCUGUUUUUUUUUUUUUUUUUUUUUUUGUUGUUGUGUGACAGCCGAAGCCGAAAUGAGGGACUCUAACCGCUCUAAAACCAUGUAUUUUUAGGUGGGGUGGGGGAUCACCCAUCGCUGCUGUGCAACCAAUCAAUAAUGCAACCAAUUGUAGUUCCAAUCUCUAUCAAAAACACGUAAUAUCCAUAUAAUAUCUAUGCCUAUGCUUAUAUCUAUGUAUAUCUAUUGUACGAAUAUGAUGCCUGAAAGCCUGUGGAGCUGUUUCCGAAUCCCAAGAACCAAUUCCGCAGGGAGGCUACACAUACGGAUAUGACACUUACUGUUCUAGUGUUUAAAUCAAUAAAAUCUUCGUUCCAUUCCGUC